CUGGGGAGGCGGGGUCGUUUCUGCGGGAUUAUUUUUCCGGCGCUUCUUCUGAUUGGGCGGCGUGGCGCAAUGGGCGCGAUCCUUUAAGAUAACCAAGCCAUCCAAUCUGACCCUUUCCUCUCCUUGCUCCCGCCGGUAAACCGAAGCCCAGGAGACUUCCGGGCCUGGGCAUCUGCAGAGGGCGAGAAACUGGUUGCAGCGCCGAGUGGGCUUGCAGCUGUGACGUUUAUGCGGACACCUCAGACUCGCUUGUAUGUUGAGGUGCACGCACCUCAUUCACCUCGGCUUCCCAAUUUAUAGCACUGACGUCAACAAAUAAAUGUUGAAUUAGGAAGAAUAAAGAACUGGAAUUGCUGCAAGUCCUCUGGACUUCUUUUAGCAGUAGUCCCACCUACUCUCUUCUACUUCCAGGUCAGGGGGCGUGUCCAGAAGAAAGGCUGACUCCAAUUUGCCCGGCGUUCUCACGCCCGCCACAAUUUCUGAGUAGGGCCUUGCCUGGCUUUUUCGGGAAGUCUUACCCCGGCAUCGCCUCUUUAGGAAGUCACUUAAUAUUUGGCUUCAUUAUUCCCACAUCGCCUUCCUACGUACUUUUCCUGCACUUCUAACGAAAAAGACUGCAGAAAGGCGAGGUGGAGCUGUGAGUCGAAAUCAGCAAACCGCAGGUCCCUGUGGCGUGCAUCCUCCAGGAGAAGGGUAAUUUCCUGCCUUUUUAAAUUGGCUAUUAGAAUCCGUUAUUUUCCUCCCAACCCCAGAGCUUCAGUUCCUCCUUCACUUCCCAAUUCCACAAGAACCCUUGGCGACAGUUAUGGAGAAGCGUCUGCAGGAGGCUCAGCUGUACAAGGAGGAAGGGAACCAACGCUACCGGGAAGGGAAGUACCGAGAUGCUGUGAGUAGGUAUCAUCGAGCUCUGCUUCAGCUGCGGGGUCUGGAUCCAAGUGUGCCCUCUCCGAUACCUAAUCUCGGGCCUCAGGGCCCCGCCCUCACCCCUGAACAAGAAAACGUACUGCAUACCACCCAGACAGACUGCUACAACAAUCUAGCUGAUGCCAACGUCCGGCGGUACCUCCAGCUAACACAGUCAGAACUCAGCAGCUACCAUAGAAAAGAGAAGCAACUCUACCUGGGCAUGUUUGGUUAACAAAGAAGAAAGAUGCUCCUCCACUUGAACUUAGGUGGGCCAUUAAACAUGCAUCAAGGAGAAACCUGAGCCUCAGCAAGAGAAAUUUACCCUAUACCUCUGACCCAGGUGGAUUUCUGUUUCUAGUUUUGCACAAACUUCACUACGUAGACAGUCUGAGUCCUUUUCUGUCUGUCCAUCUGUAUAUUUCUGUAGCUUUCGAUACAUGUUAUUGUUGGGGCUGUUUGCCUUGAGAAAUACAAUCAGAAAACAUCA